ACUGUGGUUGAUCCAUCACUACUUUUCCCCUUCAUCCUUCCUGAGUUGCGACUGUGUCGCCUUUUAUCAUUCACUCCCUUCAUCUUGACUAUUCAAUUCCUCAUUAAUCUUAUACAGACGAUCAUCAUGCGCACAAGCUCAGCUUUCAUGAAUUUGGUGUUGGCAUUUUUUGCUGGACUCUGUCUUAUGACGCUGGAUGUGCUGGCCGUUCCGCUGGAAAUCCGUGGCUCUAUGGACAUCCGUGGCUCUAAUUUCACUACAAGAGCAUUAUUCGGCGGUGCCCAAGGGGAAUUUGUUGGCUUUCAUGGGACGAAUGGGGCUAAUGCACAGGUAUAUAUGGCGAGGGGCAAUGCAGCUGGUGGUGGUAUUCCUGUCCCCCCUGCUUUCAACGGAGCCGAUGCAGAGCUCGGUCCGGGUCUCUAUGUUUCUGACGACAUCACUGUGGCUCAGAUGUUUGCAUCGGGAUCUGCUGCUGGAAAUCGGAACAGAGGUAACACAUUAAACGGUGCCAACACCCCGUUCAUCUGCGUGGUGACCGCAAAUAAUCAGAACGAGUGGCGAAACACAGUCAGGAAGGUUUGGGUCCCUGUGAAUGAGAUUGCGACGCUCGUUUCGGGUAGAAACGACGUUGGCAGACUUGCAGCUCAGGAACGGAGGAUGGCAGCCAUCGGAGGAACAAGAGACAACACCGUACGGUUCUCCAUUUUGGACAAGGAUCGGCCUACUACACCACGUAACGGAAACCAGAUGGUCCUGCCCGCUGGCGUACAAUCUAAGUUCUCCAUCAAGAUCUGUGCGCCCGUCAGCAGUACAAUAAACAGGUUGUUGGCCGACUUGCGUAGUCCGUCAUACCCCCAGUUCAGCUAUCUCAAUCUCAGGACGCCAUGGCACAUCUUUUGAACCAGCAGUGCCAUGGAAACCUGCAUACAAAGCGCUUUAUGUCGGUCCUAGUUUGUACCCUCCUUUCGUACACUACAAUAAAAUCACCCCUCGCUUCCAAACAAUGAGUAUUAGGGGAAAUUCACCAAUGAGUAGCGGUCAGGUAGCAUUCUGAUCUCUUUCCUUGAGAGGACAAAGAUGUGGGACCAAAUGAGAGCUAUCGUUUUUAGCACAAACCA